GGCUCAAGCCACAAAAAAAAAUCGCACGCGUCAGUCUCAGAACCGUGCGAACUACCCCUCAGACGACGCCUGAGCAACAGAAGGCUGGAAGAAUCCAAAAAAAUCUGCUACACACUGCACACAGGAAAGAUCUCCAGUUUGAGGGCCCAUUCCUCUUGCACGAUGCCGUCGGGCCUGCAGACGCACGGUUCCGACCGCGCCGCCGUGCGCCGCGCGCCUACUAGCAGCCACUAGCCUGCUCCUGCAGCGGCCGCCUGCCCCCAGCGUCGCACAAGACGAGACGCACACCGAAGAAGCACCAGGAGAGGCUGCCUCCAGCACGAUCCAACCAUAAAAUGGCCGACGCCGAAGCAGCGCCCGAAGAAACGGGCCGCCAGCCCCUGAGCGCCAUGUGGCGGAGCCAGGGCCCGUCCCCGAGCCGCGUCAAAGUAUAUAAUGAGGAAGCCUUGCUGGACCUCAUCCAGCCCGAGCCGGCCCAGGGCAGCCGCGUGUCCCAGACGUCGUCGUUUUUGAGUAGAAGGAAGGCCCAGCAGCGCGCCGAGAAAAAAAGGCAAGCGAGGGAGGCCGAACAAAAGAGAGUAAGGCGCUACAACCAGCAGAAGGAGGACUCUAGGAUGAAGCAGGCCGCCGACGAGCGGAAGGCGCGGGAGCGCGUCGCCGAGAACGCGAACCGGAGGGAAAGGCGCUUCGAGUUCCUGCGGAGCGACAUCGUCGAAGGUCAUAAAUUAGCUGAUGAGGUCCAAAAACAUUUGCAGCUCGAGGACAUGAACAAGCAGACGAAGCUCAAGCGCCAGUUCGACGAGUGGAACUCGGAAGUUUAUGGCAAGAUCCAGGACCAGAUAAAUGAGCGACUAGAUAGUACGACGGCGGCGCAGAUCAACGCCAGGAGGCGCCGAGAAUACCAGAAGUUCCUGGAUGCCACGAACGCGAAAGGAGCGAUAUUUCGGGACAUUAUCAUCGAAAGUGAAUACGACCCCUUGGAGCCAAACCGGCACUGUAUCAAGGUUGAUACCUAUGGGUUGCGCGACCCCAUGAAGCGCGUCUUGGAUCGGCAGUACGAGGAGCAGGGCAUGUUGGAUGCAUCAUCAGAUGAAGAGGACAAGAAGCGCAAGCCGCGGCGCCCGCGCCCUCAUACAAGAGAGGUGUUAGAUGUCAGAGAAUGGGCGACGGGCAAGAUCGAGGACACGCCCCACGGCUUCUUCGCGAAGAUGAUGGACGCGACGCCUCGCGCGCCCGGCGAGAAGAAGACGUCGAAGACGUAUGAUUCAAAAGUGCCGUUCGACCAUUUUCAGGUGCAGAAGUCGCUGGACGGCGAGUUCCCGCGGGGAAAGAAGCCCCAUUUAGUCCCGACGACGAUUAAGCUGGCCUAG